CCUACCCAUCGUCAACACCUGCAUCUGCAUAUACGAGCACUACACAUCAUAUCCAGUUUCUAAACAUAUCUUAUCGCGUCCCCUGCUUACGGUCGUCGUUCAUCCCUUCCGUUGCACGCGAAGUGUGAGCCACGUGUUUGUGGUGGUGGUGGUGGUGCCCAGGUUCGCCAGCGGGAAUGUCGGCUAACAAGUUGUAUAACCCGGAUCAGAGCGCUGUGAACACGCGUUGGAUAGAGCCCUGGAAUGAGGCAUUUAGAGCGCAACGAGAUGUAGGGCUUCAACUUCCCAUCAACUUCCAUACUACGCCAGCUGUAUCGUUAGCUCAAGCCUGCUUCACGAAUAACCAGUACGAACAUAAUGCUUUCCAAAAGUGCUUCUCAAACUUGCUAGCUGUCGGCUUUCGACAAUUCACAGUCGAUGCUUACUGGGACCCACUACGUUCAGUAUGGAGUCUAUGUCCAGUGGAGUUACCCCAGUCGAAUGAAGACAGCUCAGAUGAGGGUGCUUUACCGGUGGCGACCGGACCGACAGUGGUGCCUACAACUAACAGAUUGAGCGCGGAUACUCCUCUAUCUACACUGGAUAUCCCUCCACGGCUUGGAAAACGCCAGGAGACAUCUACAUCGACCCCUGCGUCUGCAGAGUCAUCAUCAGGCUCAACGAACGCAGUAUCAGCUACCCCAUCUUUGUCUUCUACUUCAUCGACGAGUGCAGCAACGCCGACCAUAAUCGACUUCCCCACCCCUAAUGGACCACCGCUCCUACAAAUCGGGAGCUACAAUUGUACAUCUCUGAUGACGCUGAAUUUGCUCACGGGUAUCCUAGAGGACUUUCUCGAGAUAACAGCUACUACGACUGAUGCCGAGAUAACCAUGUUCACGUUCAAUGUGCAUGCUGCCUCGUCCAUCACCGACCCGGACGCUCCAGCACCGAACCUUUCGCAAGACCAGCUUCCUGAAGAUGGGCAACUCCUUAGCGAUGUGUUGCAGGGUAAUCUUUCUGAUAACACACUUACGCCAAACGCCUUGGGUGACCAACGUGCAAACUUGAACAGCUCGUGGUAUGACGUCGAUUGGUCUAAUCGCCCAUUGCCUGGUUACUACGAAGACUCUAAGAACGCCGAUGGACAGCUUUUCACACAAAGUGGAUGGCCCACAGAAGCUUUCAUGGAAUUCAAGCAGCGACGGCGGGUCGUCAUUAGUUACGGUACGAUCGAUCCGCAAAUGGAGAAGUACAACUUCGGACCAGAUCUCGAAUACGUCUUCCCUCCCGGAACUAUCAUCGACGAGCAGUUAGUGUCGCUUGGCUCCGAUGGGCGUGUAACUUCCGGAUGCUUGUUUGUGUCUUCCGACAACACAUUGACUUCAGCAAGAAACUCGUCUUGGGCUCUUGCUGAUGCACCAUCACUUGAUAUCAGCGCGACGCCGGACUUUCACUCAACUGUACCUUCCAUUACCAAUCUUACCGCCUGCGGCAUCACACCCUUCCUCAACCAGACCCUCGCAAACACAACUGCAGACAGGAACCCUUUACCCUACGCCGCAUAUGUACACUCAACACUAUGGACCUUUGCACCUGGUCAGCCUCUCAAUUCCUCCGGAGAAGGCGACGACACGAACGACAAUCGCUGCGUCGUCAUGAUGAAGUCGCCAUAUCCACAGCGCUGGCGCAUAGAAGACUGCAACCGACGCCACCGCGUGGCCUGCCACGAUCCACGACAACCCUACAAUUGGCGUAUAUCGGACGACUCAACCUACUACGCGAAUGCUGAAGGCUAUUGCCAAGACCCAUAUCAAUUCAGCAUUCCACACACUGCGCUGGAAAACUCGCAUCUGUUUUCUGCCUUCCAAGCCGCCGCUCCUAAUGAAGAUGCCCUGUACAUCAACAUGAACAGUCUGAGUAUACCGGACUGCUGGGUCAUCGGACUCAAUGCGACAUGUCCAUAUCUUCCUACUACUGACACGGAUCGUACGCGUAUUGUCGUGGUGCCGACGGUCGCGGCUGUGAUUAUCUUCCUGCUGGCCGUGCUUACCUUUUUCAUCAAGUGUGCAGCGAACCGCAGAGAGAACAAGAGGGGAAGGAAGAGGAGGUUAGUCGAUGGUUGGGAGUAUGAGGGUGUUCCUAGUUAAAAUGAUAUGGAUUUCGGGCUGUUGCCAGGGCCGAUAGUGAAAAUAUAUGUAAUAUUUUACCUGUCACGGAUAGGUUGAGC